GUUGUUAGCUGGAGCAGAUUUGUUGUUGGCUAAAUUUGGAGCUAGUUGUGUUGAUGCCGUUGGCGUCAGUUGUGUCACUGUUUUCUACCUUGAGGAAAAGCUGAUCAAAUAUACACAAAAGCGUUUUAUUUCUGCUCUGAUUUGGAUCGGCACUGGAGGACAAAAGAUGUCAGGAGAUCUUGUAGCUGUGUGGGACGUGGCUUUGAGCGACGGUGUGCACAGGAUUGAGUUUGAACAUGGCACAACCACAGGAAAACGGGUCAUUUACAUCGAUGGAAAGGAAGUCAUAAGGAGAGAUUGGAUGUUCAAACUGGUUGGAAAGGAGACUUUUCAUGUGGGUGGUACAAAUACAAAGGCCACUAUUAACAUAGAUGCAGUGAGCGGCUUUGCAUAUGAAUACACUCUCGAGAUUAACGGACAGAGCCUGAAGAAGUACAUGGAGAAUCGCUCCAAAGUUACCAGCACAUGGCUCCUCAACCUCGAAGGCAUCGACUGCAGAGUGGUUCUAGAGAAAGAUACCAUGGAUAUAUGGUGCAAUGGACAGAAAAUGGAAACGGCUGGUGAGUUUGUUGAUGACGGCACAGAGACACACUUCACUCUGGGUGACCAUGACUGCUGCAUCAAGGCAGUGAGCAGCGGCAAGAGACGAGAUGGCAUCAUUCACACGCUGCUGGUGGAUGGCAUGGAAAUCUCAGAGUCAGAGUGAUCUGUGUGAAUGAGUGUGUGAGGAAUAUCCAUCCUUAUGAAAAGUGCGUAAUGUAUUAAUGGAAGUUGGGACAGUAUGUGCUCAUUUGUGACCGCAGGUCAGCUUGUGCUGGUUCAGUAAUGGAUUAUUUUGAGGCAAAAGAGAAAAAUGUGUCUUACAAAUGCAUAGUUUCGUUAUAUUGCUAUAUACCUCACAUAGCAUCAGUGGAUAAUUGUUUUAACCCUACAAAUGGUUAAUUUCUUAAAGGGGUGGUUGACUUUUUUUUCUCCUUUAUUUUGAUUUGAUUAACAUAUGUUAAUGCUUUGUUUAAA